UGUUGUUCUUGCGGAGUGCCUUUCACUUGAGAAACCCCAGACACCUUCUGUGUCGGUCCUUAGUGCCAUCUCCGGAUGUCUUCCGGACCUGUGGCCGUGUAGCCCUUUCCUCCGCAGAAGCACUUACAUCCACUUACAGAGCUCCAGACCGGGUCUGGUUCCAGGCGCGGCCGUCUGUCUUCAUUAAGGUGUCUGCAUUCUCCGGCCCCUCAGAGAUGAGUACCAAGCAGGGUGUUUUUGGAGCUUUGGUUUUCAAAACCUGACAACCCCAGGAAAAUGGCAGCCAACAAGGACAUAGCAGCCCCAGAAGGCACUGUGUGAGCCGCUGUCCCAGAGCAGGAGGGGGUUCCGUGCCAGGACGGUGCUCUGAAGUUGAGAGCUGGGCUCUGGGCAAACUUGUUAAACUUAGAGCAGUAAAACGACUGGGGCCUGCACAUCGGAAAUUAUCCAGGAGUAAACUCGGCACGUGACCCUCCCUGAGAGCCCACGAGCUCUGGAAAUGUACAGAUUCCUUGGCGGGCACCGACGAGGCACCUGCUGUGGCAGUGCCCUGUGCCAGGUUCAUUCAGUUGACCCUUUUUUAUCUGGCUUCCUCCGCAUCUCUGCUGGAGAUACAGUGACUAGCCAGCUGGACACUGUCCCUCAUAGUCAAAUGCUGGGCCUCAACAAUGAAGCAGACGGACGUCCUGGCCUAGGCCACCUGCUCCUCGCUUGUGCUAAGUGCAUGCAAUGUGACCGCGCUGUUCUGAGGGCCGUGUGUGUAUUCACUCAUGAAUCCCCACGGGGUCCCACGAGGUAGGCGCUGUUAUUCUCUGCAUUUUGCGGGUAAGAGCACUGAAGCCCAGGAGGGUGCUGUCAUUUGUGCAAAUCAAUUGGAACCGGGUCUCUUGGUUGGAACCGGGUCUCUUGGUCCUAGUGUCUUUGUCCUCACUGCCACCACCCAUCGAUGGGAAGGGGGAAUUUAGGAAAGAAAGUACCACAUCCUCUGAGAAGGGGGGAUAAAGUGUCCUGGGAGUUUCCAGCGGGAGAGAGAGGCUGAGGGAGGCACAGGGUGAGGUAGAGUCCCUGUCCGUGCCCCUUUCCCAUUGGCAUCUCUGCUGGGGGUGAGGGAGGGGGGUAUGACACCCUCAGCUGCUGAGGGAGCUCCUCUAACCAGAGGGAAGCAGAAGAAGCACUUGAGACCUGGGCUCCAGUUCUAGUUGAUCCAGACAGGCCUCGGCCCUUCCCAGGCCUCAGUUUCCUCGUCUCUAAAAUGGGGGUGUUGGACAGCACUCUGUUCUAUUCCAGAAGUCCGUGGUUUCAGCAGACUAGGGCGGGGCUGGCUCUGCAUGCACUCAGCAGAGUUUAUUGACCAGAAAGACAUGCUUGGCUCUGAGAAAUGAGCCAGGCACGUGGCUUCCCAGAAGGCCCGGCAGCUGGGAAAGGCUGUCUGUGUUCCGUCAGCGUCUGGCCCAGGACUCCCAUUGGCUCUGUCUGCGUGCCUUUCUUUGUAGUCAGGGUGACAGCGUCUGUGUCCGGAGUGCAGGCUAUCCGGUACGUUAAGAAGAGAGAGAGAAAAGGAGACAGAGAGAUGGAGGGAGAGAGCGGGGAGGCAGAGCAAAAAGGAGAGGAGAGAUUGAGAGAGACUUCGAAUCUGCUUGGAAAUUCUGAGGAAUUAAGUGCUUUCAGAUACUUCAAGAAAAUGAGUGUUAAUGGAGCUUAAAAGCUUCAAAUAAUAAUUGUAGCCUCAUCCAUCUGCUAACUUUUUCCCGAGGGCGCUCUUCGUUUUCUGGUAUGGCAGAGGCAUACAGGCCUGGACUUGUGCUCCAGGUGAAGAGAUGGAAAACAAAACAAGGAAAAGGAAUAGAUUAAAAAAAGAAAAUCCCACAAAAGCCAACCAGGAGAGACAGGGUUCCCUGAAGAAUGGUGGCUCGAGUUUGUUGGGUUUCUGGAGCCUGGGAGCAUAAGUGAGCUGAUGUUGGGGUGGGCUGUGCAGCAGGGAAAGCAGGACCCACUCGAGGUGACCCACGGUGCGACGAGUCCUGUGUGCGGCUCUGUCCGUGCUGCGUGGCGUGUGCCCGCGGCUAGCUUCCUGUUCGAUUGCCGGGGGGCAGCUGGCGAGCGGGGAGGCCGUGCUGUUCCCAUCACCAUUUUGUCCUUGAAUAUCCAAGUGGUUCCUGGCAACACACAUGGUGUCACUGUCUUCUUCAUGGCAAACGGUCUGAGGAGGCUGUGAGGAGCGUCGGAAACGACCCUUGACAUCCGGGAGAAGGGUUGGCAGGUCUGGGUGACCUGGAGACUACAUCCCUCAGCAGUGGGCGACCUUGACCCACCACUCGUGUGUUAGGGGCUAUUGGGACUCUCUGGAUGUCUCAAGUUCAAGUUCCCUAAAAGACAGGGGCUCUACCCACGUCUCCCUUCCACUACAGAGGGCUCCAGGGGGACAAGGCAGCCCGAGGUAGAGCUAUGGAUGCCCUGGCCCUCUCAGUCCAUUUCUCAUCCAUCCCCUAUGCUCACCACACUGUCUGCUCUGCCGGACUGUAAACCCUAUGAGUGCAGGGAGGGAGCUCCUUAACCUCUGUGUGCCUCAGUUUCCUGGUUUGUAAACCAACAGGACCAGUGACCACCUACGGCUAUCCUAAGGAUGGAGCGAUUGAAGAUUAAAUGAGGUGAUAGUUACUGAGUAUUUGCUGUAGGCCAGCCCUGAUCUAGGCACCUGGUGAAUAUUAACUUAGUCCUUACAGGAACCCUUGGAGGUAGGGAUUCUCAUUGUGAGGAAACUGAGGCACGGGGAGGAUGGUUAACUGGCUGAUGAGCCGGGCCGAUGUAGAGACCAGGUCUAACCUGUGUUAUCCUGCCUCUCCCAGCGAGAGGAGAGCAUUAGACCCGUGCUGGGCCCAGCAGCGCGCUUACUCUGUGCCCUGCUGGGGUCCCCUAGCAACACAGCCCUCAAGAGAGGGUGGCAGGGCCCGCCACCUCCUGGAGGCUCCCCAGCACCCAGGCCCGCCUGCCUCGGUCCCCUUGGUGACAGCAUCUUGUCAUGUGAUUGGCAGCUGGCGAAGGCUCUCAGGUUUGCCUUAGCGGCUCAGGCAGGCAGGGCCUGGCCAAGGAAGGUGCUACCAUUGAGCAUCAUUUGAUCCUCCGUUUGGCGCAUGGGAUUUCCCAGGUGCGGGGCUUUCACAGAGCAAGGGCUGGUGGGUGGGUCUCACUCUUCCUGAUAAACUGAAAACCAGGUGAGCAGAGCACCUGUCAGAAACCAGCUUCUGCAGCGCAGAAGAGGGUCUCGGUGGUUCCAAGAAACACGCGAUGAUGGGAAAGGGGCCGCACUGAGAGCCAGGGGCCCUGGGUCCCGAUUGUCCUCCGCCGGGAAGACACGUGCAGCCAGGAUGAACCUGGGACCCGGAGCCACUUGCUGCUUUAACCAUGGAGAAGCGGGACCGCGGUGAGAUGGACACAGCCCCGUCGGAGCCUCUUCACUCCCACAUUAAGUUGUUGAAAACCAACCGUGAACUGCUGGUCACUCACAUCCGCAGCACGCAGUGUCUGGUGGACAACCUGCUGGAGAAUGAGUACUUCUCGGCCGAAGACGCGGAGAUCGUGGGCGCCUGCCCCACGCAGCCCGACAAGGUGCGCAAGAUUCUGGACCUGGUACAGAGCAAGGGCGAGGAGGUGUCCGAGUUCCUCCUCCUCGUGCUCCAGCGACUCGAAGAUGCUUACGUGGACCUCAGGCCCUGGCUGGUGGAGAUCGGCUUCUCCCCUUCCAAGCUCAUUCAGAGCAAAACUGUUGUCAACACUGAUCCAGUGAGCAGGUACAUCCAGAAGCUGCGACACCAGCUGGGCCGCGACUCCAAGUUCAUCCUGUGCUACUCGCAGAAGGAGGAGGUGUUGCUGGAGGAGGUGUACACGGACACCAUCAUGGAGCUGGUCAGCUUCAGCAACGAGAGCCUGGGCAGCCCGGGCAGCCUGGCCCGCCUCCUGGACCACUCCACGGGCGUCCUCAACGAGCAGGGCGAGACCAUCUUCGUCUCGGGCGACGCGGGCGUGGGCAAGUCCAUGCUGCUGCAGCGGCUGCAGAGCCUCUGGGCCGCCGGCCAGCUGGACGCGCGGCUCAAGUUCUCCUUCCACUUCCGCUGCCGCAUGUUCAGCUGCUUCAAGGAGGGAGCCAUGCUGAGUCUGCAGGACCUGCUCUUCAAGCACUGCUGCUACCCGGAGCAGGACCCCGAGGAGGUGUUCGCCUUCCUGGUGCGCUUCCCCCACACCGCCCUCUUCACUUUCGACGGCCUGGACGAGCUCCACUCGGACUUCGACCUGAGCCGCGUGCCCGACACCUCGUCACCCUGGGAGCCGGCCCACCCCCUGGUCCUGCUGGCCAACCUGCUCAGCGGGGUGCUGCUCAAGGGGGCCACCAAGCUGCUCACGGCCCGCACGGGCAUCGAGAUCCCGCGCCAGCUCCUUCGGAAGAAGGUGCUCCUGCGGGGCUUCUCCCGCAGCCACCUGCGGGCCUACGCCAAGAGGAUGUUCCCCGACCGGGCCACGCGGGACCGCCUGCUGGACCAGCUGGAGGCCAACCCCAACCUCUGCAGCCUGUGCGCCGUGCCCCUCUUCUGCUGGAUCAUCUUCCGCUGCUUCCAGCAUUUCCACGGCGCCUUCGACAGCUCCCCAGAGCUGCCCGACUGCACGGUGACCCUGACCGACGUGUUCCUGCUGGUCACCGAGGUCCACCUGAACAGGACGCAGCCCACCAGCCUGGUGCAGAGGAACACGCAGAGCCAGACGGAGGCCCUCCGAGGCGGCCUGGCUACCCUGCGCGCGCUGGGGCAGCUGGCCCGCUGGGGCAUGGAGAGGGAGCUGUUUGUUUUCAGCCAGGAGGAGGUCCAGGCCGCCGCCCUGCAGGAAGCUGAUCUGCAGCUGGGCUUCCUGCGGGCCGUGCCCGAGCCGGGCCUCGGAGAGGACCAGCUGUCCUAUGAGUUUUUCCACACCACCCUCCAGGCCUUCUUCACCGCCUUCUCCCUCGUGGUGGACGCCAAGGUGGGCACGCGGGCGCUGCUCAGGUUCUUCCAGGAGUUGCCUCCGGGGGAGGCAGCAGUGGAGGCCUGCUCGGCCCCCUUCUUCCCCUUCCCGUGCCUGGGGGCCCGCGGCCCGGCGGGGGACAACCCCUUCAGGAACAAGGACCACAUUCAGUUCACCAACCUCUUCCUGUGCGGGCUGUUGUCCAAAGCCAAACAGAAACUCCUGCGACACCUGGUGCCGGCCGCUGCCCUGAGGAGAAAGCGCAAGGCCCUGUGGGCGCACCUGUUCGCCAGCCUGCGGACCUACCUGAAGAACCUGCCCCGCACUCGGUCUGGGGGCUUCAACCAGGUGCAGGCCAUGCCCACCUUCAUCUGGAUGCUGCGCUGCAUCUACGAGACGCAGAGCGAGAAGGUGGGGCAGCUGGCGGCCAAGGGCAUCUGCGCCAACUACCUCAAGCUGACCUACUGCAACGCCUACUCGGCCGACUGCAGCGCCCUCUCCUUCGUCCUGCACCACUUCCGCAAGCGGCUGGCCCUCGAUCUGGACAACAACAAUCUCAACGACUACGGCGUGCGGGAGCUGCAGCCCUGCUUCAGCUGCCUCACGGUCAUCAGACUCAGCGUAAACCAGGUCACUGACAGUGGGGUCAAGGUGCUAUAUGAAGAGCUGACCAAGUACAAAAUCCUGACGUAUUUAGGCUUAUACAACAACCAGAUCACUGAUGUCGGAGCCGGGUACAUCGCCAGCAUCCUGGAUGAGUGCAAAGGCCUCACACACCUUAAACUGGGGAAAAACCAGAUAACCAGCGAGGGAGGAAAGUGUCUCGCCCUGGCCGUGAAGAACAGCAAGUCCAUCUUUGAAAUCGGGAUGUGGGGCAAUCAAAUCGGCGAUGAAGGAGCAAAGGCCUUCGCAGAGGCUCUGAGGAACCACCCCAGCUUGACCAACCUGAGUUUGGCUUCCAACGGCAUUUCCACAGAAGGAGGAAAGAGCCUCGCGCAGGCCUUGCACUGGAACACGUCGCUGAGAAUAUUCUGGCUCACCCAGAAUGACCUCGACGACGAAGUGGCAGAGAGCAUGGCAGAGAUGCUGAAAGUCAACCAGACGCUGAAACAUUUAUGGCUUAUCCAGAACCAGAUCACAGCCAAGGGGGUCGCCCAGCUGGCAGACGCCUUACAGAAGAACACUGGCAUCAUGGAGAUUUGCCUCAAUGGGAACUUAAUGAAGCCCGAGGAGACCGGAGGCUUUGAGGGUGAGAAGCGGCUUGUCCUUUCCUGAGAGGACGCCUUCCUGUCCGAGGCUCUAGCCCUGCGAGGGCGCUAGCAGCAGCAGCCACUCUGCGGUCACCUGUCUUAGGUGUCGUCUCGCAAGGGGACUGCCGGGAGCCCAGGGCCUUCACAGAUGCUCUGAUGGGCCAGCUCCCUGCACGGCUGGUGCAGUUUCACAGGGAAGCGUGGGCUUCGUGAGCCAUGUUGGUUCCUGGAAACAUGCCAUGGAGACGUUCCUGAGUGCCCACGAUCACUGUAACCUGCAUCAAGAGGAAUGACUGAGCUUGUACAACGCCUGCCCUGGCGCCUGGGGGAGUGAGCGGUCACUGCUGUCCUCACUGAGCCGUCGAGGACGUGGUGCAGAGCUGGUGCCGAGUUUUUUGCAGAGAAGAUGCUCCAUGAACAAGAAGUGUUUUGCCUGAAAUCUUCCUCCUCGGCACCUCCCCAUGUGUUGCUGUCCUUCCCGCUUCACAGCUGUAGAUACGGAGGGGUGUCCGUGUGGGGUGGUAGUGGGUGCCAAGGAAAAGACCCGGCACAGGCUUUUUCAUCCUGGGGCCUCACUGCCAACCGAGACCACUGGCUGCGCUCUUAGCUAAGAGCAAGGGCGAUGCCUUCAUGACGCCGCGUUUCCACUCAGGGCUUUCCCACGCGAGGCUGACCUCCUCCGGAGACUAACACCUGGCAGAGCUGCUCUGCCCCAGGAAGACUGCCUGCCCCCAGAGGAAUAGGCGCGGCUUACCUUGUGGUCCUGGCACCCACUGAGCCUCCUCCCCCCUGCCCUCCUCAGGAGGUCUCCUGCCCAAGUAGCUGUGAAGGUGACGGAGUUGGAGCCAAGAGUCAGGCAGCUCCGAGGACCCGCUAGCAUGUCAGACCCCGACCACAGUGACGGGCGCAUGGUGGGUGCUAAUGGGGGAGGGUGGCGAUAGGACCAGACCUGCCCUUUCGCCAAUCCAUUUGUUAAUAAAUACUGAACACACUAUU